UGGGUAGAGCUACUUCUGUCAGCUUCUUUCCUGUCACUGGUGAAACGUGACGUUUAUUUAGAGUUGUAUAUGUCUUAAAAGACAGUUGAAAGACAGAACAAUGACACAAAACCACCUGUCGGGAAUGGAGGCGUCCGCCGUGUCUGUCUUGAAGCGAGCGGUGGAGCUGGACCAGAGCGAACGUUUCCAGGAGUCUCUCAUCUGCUACCAGGAAGGCAUCCAGCUGCUUAUGGACGCGUUAAAAGCUGUAAAAGAUGACUCAAAGAGAGGACACUACAGAGAGAAGAUAAAGGGCUACAUGGACAGAGCAGAGCAAAUCAAAGUUCAUGUGAAUCAGAUGAAGGAAGAUGGGAAGUACCACGAGCAGAUAAGAAUAUCAGAGGAUGCUACUGGUUACAGCUAUGAGGUUCUGUUCAAGCCAUACAUCAGCAGCGCUCUCACUGAAGUCUGGGUGGAGGACCCGUACAUACGGCACACCCACCAAUUGUACAACUUCCUUCGGUUCUGUGAGAUGCUGCUAAAAGCCCCCUGCAAGGUGAACAAGAUCCACCUCCUCACGUCGCAGGAUGAAGCUGAUAGUGGCCAGCAGAGCGGUGCUCUGGCCGAGUUGAAAGAGAGUCUCAGCGCUCACGGAGUGACUCUAGACCUGCAGUACUCCUCCACUAUCCAUGACCGGGAGAUCAGGUUCGAUAAUGGUUGGAUCAUAAAAAUUGGAAGAGGGUUGGAUUACUUCAAGAGACCUAAAGGCCGAUUCUCUGUUGGAUACUGUGACUAUGACCUCAGGCAGUGCCAGGAGACCACCGUAGACAUUUUCCACACCAAACACACAAAAACUCUAUGAGACUCACAAAGCUAAAAUGAUUUUUUUUUUUGCCAAGCCGUUUAAUUUACUUACCUGCCUUCCAAACACAAGCAGAUCUACAGUAUUGUUGGAUUUGCUUUAGCUUGCGGGUGUCUGGGGACUGACUUUUAUAACAAGAUGGGUUAUUGUUUGAUUUCUGCUGCACUGGAACGUCUUAAAUUUCUGCUAACUGUACUGCCGCUGCUAUUGGUGAAUUUUUAAGUUCAGUUUUCAGUUCUUCAGUUUUCUAUGAUUUUUUUUUUCCGUUUUCUAUGAUAUUUAUGAAAAAUAUGGAUAUUUUUAUCUUCUUCUUUUUUUUUUUAACUUCCACAGAUUGUAAUUCUACAGAGACCUUUUUUGGGGAAAAUUAAUUAUUUCAAAACAUUUUUUCUAGAUUACUUUACACAAUU